CGGGGCCCGAGCCGCCCUUGAGCCCGGAGCCGCCUCCUGGCACAGUCGAGUGGGUUAUCGUAGGGCCGGGCAGGGGCGGGCACCGCGCCGCACCGCACCGCAGCCGAAGGGCGCCCCCCGCCCCGCUCCCCACUCCCGCACCCCCGCGGCCGGCCGGCCGGCGCCGCCGCCGCGCACGCACACGCACACAGCAGGCGCUCGAUAAAUGGUCCGGGAGGAGGAUGAUGAUGAUGAUGAAAAAAAUGCACCCCCCGAGGCGGGAGGAGGAGGAGGAGGAGCACGCGAAAGAGUCGAACUAUGCAAGAGGCACCCGGGACUCCGUCUCUGGUGACAGACCACCGUUUCGGCCCAAGAGCUCCCAACACUCCCAGCAGACUGUCCUGUCCUGGCAAGCCGCGAUCGAUGCUGCUCGACAAGCCAAGGCUGCCCAGACCAUGAGCACCUCCACCCCCCAACCUGUCGGGUCUCUGUCCCAAAGAAAACGUCAGCAAUACGCCAAGAGCAAAAAACAGGGCAGCUCGUCCAACAGCCGCCCGGCCCGGGCCCUUUUCUGCUUCUCUCUGAACAACCCCAUCCGAAGAGCCUGCAUUAGUAUCGUAGAAUGGAAACCAUUUGACAUAUUUAUAUUAUUGGCGAUUUUUGCCAAUUGUGUGGCCUUAGCUGUUUACAUCCCAUUCCCAGAAGAUGAUUCUAACUCAACCAAUCAUAACUUGGAAAAAGUAGAAUAUGCCUUCCUGAUCAUUUUUACAGUUGAAACAUUUUUGAAGAUUAUAGCCUAUGGAUUAUUGUUACACCCUAAUGCUUAUGUUAGGAAUGGAUGGAAUUUGCUGGAUUUUGUAAUAGUAAUAGUAGGAUUGUUUAGUGUAAUUUUGGAACAAUUAACCAAAGAAACAGAAGGAGGUAACCACUCCAGUGGCAAAUCAGGUGGUUUUGAUGUCAAAGCCCUUCGCGCCUUUCGAGUGUUGCGACCACUUCGGCUGGUGUCGGGCGUGCCCAGUUUACAAGUCGUCCUGAAUUCCAUUAUAAAAGCCAUGGUUCCCCUCCUCCACAUCGCCCUUUUGGUGUUAUUUGUAAUCAUAAUCUAUGCUAUUAUAGGAUUGGAACUUUUUAUUGGGAAAAUGCACAAAUCUUGUUUUUUCACUGAAACCGAUAUCUUAGCUGAAGACGACCCAGCACCUUGUGCGUUCUCAGGGAAUGGGCGCCAGUGUACCGCCAAUGGCACGGAAUGUAGAAGUGGAUGGGUUGGACCAAAUGGAGGCAUAACCAACUUUGAUAAUUUUGCCUUUGCAAUGCUUACUGUUUUCCAGUGUAUUACUAUGGAAGGCUGGACAGAUGUGUUGUAUUGGAUGAAUGAUGCUAUGGGAUUUGAGUUACCCUGGGUCUAUUUUGUCAGUCUCGUCAUCUUUGGGUCAUUUUUCGUACUAAAUCUUGUACUUGGUGUAUUGAGCGGAGAGUUUUCAAAGGAAAGAGAAAAGGCCAAAGCCCGGGGGGACUUCCAGAAACUCCGUGAGAAACAACAACUCGAAGAGGAUUUGAAGGGCUACUUGGAUUGGAUAACUCAAGCAGAAGACAUCGACCCCGAAAAUGAGGACGAAGGGGGAGACGAGAACAAACGAAGCACAAGUAUGCCCACGAGCGAGACAGAGUCUGUGAACACUGAAAACAUCAGUGGAGAAGGAGAGAACCAAGGCUGCUGUGGUCGUUUAUGUCAAGCAAUCUCCAAAUCCAAGCUCAGCCGACGUUGGCGUCGCUGGCACCGUUUCAAUCGAAGAAGAUGCCGAGCCGCAGUGAAAUCGGUUUCGUUCUAUUGGCUGGUGAUCCUCUUAGUGUUCCUCAACACCUUGACAAUUUCCUCAGAACACUAUAAUCAGCCUGAUUGGCUGACCCAGAUUCAAGAUAUUGCCAACAAGGUUCUCCUGGCCAUGUUCACCUGUGAGAUGCUAGUCAAGAUGUACAGCCUGGGCCUCCAGGCCUAUUUUGUCUCCCUUUUCAAUCGGUUUGAUUGCUUUGUGGUGUGCGGCGGGAUCACUGAGACCAUCCUGGUAGAGUUGGAAAUCAUGUCUCCUCUGGGUAUCUCCGUGUUUCGGUGCGUGCGCCUCUUGCGCAUUUUCAAAGUGACCAGGCAUUGGACAUCUCUAAGCAACUUGGUGGCGUCUCUGCUGAACUCAAUGAAGUCCAUUGCUUCCCUGUUGCUCCUACUCUUCCUCUUCAUCAUCAUCUUCUCGUUGCUGGGAAUGCAGCUGUUCGGGGGAAAAUUUAACUUUGAUGAGACCCAGACAAAGAGGAGCACCUUCGAUAAUUUUCCUCAAGCUCUUUUAACAGUGUUUCAGAUUCUUACAGGUGAAGACUGGAAUGCUGUCAUGUAUGAUGGAAUUAUGGCUUAUGGGGGCCCGUCUUCUUCAGGAAUGAUAGUCUGUAUAUACUUCAUCAUCCUCUUUAUUUGUGGGAAUUAUAUUCUGUUGAAUGUUUUCUUGGCCAUUGCUGUGGACAAUUUGGCUGAUGCUGAAAGUCUGAAUACUGCCCAGAAAGAGGAAGCAGAGGAAAAGGAAAGGAAGAAGACUGCCAGAAAGGAGAGUCUGGAGAAUAAAAAGAAUGACAAGCCAGAAGUCAACCCAAUGGCCAACAGUGAUCACAAGGUUAUAAUCGAUGAUUAUAGAGGAGAAGAUGAAGACAAGGACCCCUACCCACCUUGUGAUGUCCCAGUAGGUGAAGAGGAAGAGGAAGAAGAAGAUGAACCAGAGGUUCCUGCUGGCCCUCGCCCUCGUAGAAUUUCAGAGUUAAAUAUGAAGGAGAAGAUCAUCCCCAUUCCAGAAGGGAGCGCUUUCUUCAUUUUUAGCAAAACAAAUCCAAUUCGAGUGGGCUGCCACAGACUGAUCAAUCACCACAUCUUUACCAACCUCAUCCUUGUCUUCAUCAUGCUCAGCAGUGCUUCGCUGGCCGCUGAAGACCCCAUCCGAAGUCACUCCUUUCGGAAUGUCAUACUGGGUUACUUUGACUAUGCUUUCACAGCCAUCUUUACUGUCGAAAUCCUGUUAAAGAUGACGACCUUUGGAGCAUUCCUUCACAAAGGGGCAUUCUGUAGGAACUACUUCAACUUGUUGGACAUGCUGGUUGUAGGGGUUUCUCUGGUAUCAUUUGGGAUUCAGUCAAGUGCUAUCUCCGUUGUGAAGAUUCUGAGGGUCUUAAGGGUCCUAAGGCCUCUCAGAGCUAUCAACAGAGCAAAAGGACUUAAGCAUGUGGUUCAGUGUGUCUUUGUCGCUAUUCGAACCAUAGGCAACAUCAUGAUUGUCACUACCCUGCUCCAGUUCAUGUUCGCCUGCAUUGGUGUCCAGCUGUUUAAGGGGAAGUUCUACCGGUGCACAGAUGAAGCUAAAAGUAACCCUGAAGAAUGCAGGGGACUCUUUAUCCUUUACAAAGAUGGGGAUGUUAAUAGCCCAAUGGUUCGGGAGAGAAUUUGGCAAAAUAGUGAUUUCAACUUUGACAACGUGCUCUCGGCUAUGAUGGCUCUUUUCACAGUCUCCACGUUUGAAGGAUGGCCUGCGCUAUUGUAUAAAGCCAUCGACUCCAAUGGGGAGAACGUUGGCCCAGUUUACAACUACCGGGUGGAGAUCUCCAUUUUCUUCAUCAUCUACAUCAUCAUUGUGGCCUUCUUCAUGAUGAACAUCUUUGUGGGCUUUGUGAUUGUCACCUUUCAGGAGCAGGGGGAGAAGGAGUACAAGAACUGCGAACUGGACAAGAAUCAGCGUCAGUGUGUGGAAUAUGCCUUGAAAGCCCGGCCCCUGCGGAGAUACAUUCCCAAAAAUCCCUACCAGUACAAGUUCUGGUAUGUGGUGAACUCCUCCCCCUUCGAGUACAUGAUGUUUGUCCUCAUCAUGCUUAACACCUUGUGCUUGGCCAUGCAGCAUUAUGAACAGUCCAAGAUUUUCAAUGAUGCCAUGGACAUCCUGAACAUGGUCUUCACGGGAGUGUUCACUGUGGAGAUGGUCUUGAAAGUCAUUGCAUUUAAACCGAAGGGAUAUUUUAGUGAUGCCUGGAAUACGUUUGACUCCCUCAUCGUUAUCGGCAGCAUUGUAGACGUCGCUCUCAGCGAAGCAGAUCACUAUUUCACUGAUGCAUGGAACACUUUUGAUGCCUUAAUCGUUGUUGGUAGUGUUGUUGAUAUCGCUAUUACGGAAGUGAAUCCAACUGACAGUGAAAAUAGCCCUGUCCCUGUCCCAACUGCUGCUCCUGGGAACUCAGAAGAGAGCAACAGAAUCUCCAUUACAUUUUUCCGUCUUUUCCGAGUCAUGAGACUGGUGAAGCUUCUUAGUAGAGGGGAAGGAAUCCGGACUCUGCUGUGGACUUUUAUUAAAUCCUUCCAGGCUCUCCCAUAUGUUGCCCUUCUCAUAGCUAUGUUGUUCUUCAUCUAUGCUGUCAUCGGGAUGCAGAUGUUUGGGAAAGUGGCCAUGAAAGAUAACAAUCAGAUCAAUAGGAACAACAACUUCCAGACGUUUCCGCAAGCUGUGCUGCUCUUGUUCAGGUGUGCAACUGGUGAGGCCUGGCAAGAAAUCAUGCUGGCAUGUCUUCCUGGGAAGCGCUGUGACCCAGAGUCAGAUUAUAGCCCUGGGGAGGAAUUCACAUGUGGCAGCAAUUUUGCCAUUGUUUAUUUCAUCAGUUUUUAUAUGCUCUGUGCUUUUCUGAUCAUCAAUCUGUUUGUGGCUGUCAUCAUGGACAACUUUGACUACCUGACCCGCGAUUGGUCUAUUUUGGGUCCACAUCAUUUGGACGAAUUCAAAAGAAUCUGGUCAGAAUACGACCCGGAAGCAAAAGGAAGAAUUAAGCACCUUGAUGUGGUGACUCUGCUUAGACGGAUCCAACCACCCCUGGGGUUUGGCAAAUUAUGCCCACACAGAGUAGCCUGCAAGAGAUUGGUUGCCAUGAACAUGCCUCUCAAUAGUGAUGGAACUGUCAUGUUUAACGCCACACUGUUUGCCUUGGUUCGGACUGCUCUGAAAAUCAAGACUGAAGGCAACCUGGAACAGGCAAAUGAGGAGCUGCGAGCGGUCAUCAAGAAAAUCUGGAAGAAAACCAGCAUGAAGCUUCUCGACCAAGUUGUCCCUCCGGCUGGUGAUGAUGAGGUAACCGUGGGGAAGUUCUAUGCCACUUUCCUGAUACAGGACUACUUUAGGAAAUUCAAGAAACGCAAAGAACAAGGCCUGGUGGGAAAGUACCCAGCGAAGAACACCACGAUUGCUCUACAGGCGGGAUUAAGGACUCUUCAUGAUAUUGGGCCAGAAAUCCGUCGCGCUAUAUCAUGUGAUUUGCAAGAUGAUGAACCUGAAGAAAAAAAACAUGAGGAAGAAGAAGAUGUAUUCAAAAGAAAUGGUGCCUUGUUUGGAAACCAUGUCAAUCAUGUCACUAGUGAUAGGAGAGAUUCCCUUCAGCAGACAAAUACCACCCACCGUCCCCUGCAUGUCCAAAGGCCUUCAAUUCCAUCUGCAAGCGAUACUGAGAACCCAAUGUUUCCUCCAGCAGGAAAUUCGGUGUAUCCUAACCAUCAUAACCAUAAUUCCAUAGGAAAGCAAGUUCCCAACUCAACAAAUGCCAAUCUCAAUAAUGCCAAUAUGUCCAAAGUUGCUAACGGGAAGCACCCCAGCAUUGGAAACCUUGAGCAUGUGUCUGAAAAUGGGUAUCAUUCACACCACAAGCAUGAGCAUGCGCCUCAAAGAAGGUCAAGUAUCACAAGAACCCGCUAUUACGAAACUUACAUUAGGUCUGACUCUGGUGAUGGGCAGCUCCCUACUAUUUGCCGGGAAGACUCUGAGGGGUAUGACUACUUCAGGGAUGACCACUGCUUGGGGGAGCAGGAGUAUUUCAGUGGCGAUGAGUACUAUGAGGACGAUUGUAUGCUGGUGGGUAGCAGGCAAACCUAUGACUUCUACAACAGAUGCCCAGCCAACAGCUCUGACUUUGAGAGGCCACGGGGUUACCAUCACCCACACAGCUUCUUGGAGGAGGAGGACUCGCCCAUCUGCUAUGAAUCCAAGAGAUCUCCCAGGAGACGCCUGCUGCCUCCCACCCCAACAUCAAAUCGGAGGUCGUCCUUCAACUUUGAGUGCCUGCGUAGGCAGAGCAGUCAAGAUGAGAUCACUCUGUCUCCUUCCUUCCACCAUCGUGCAGCUUUGCCCCUGCACCUGAUGCAGCAACAGAUCAUGGCAGUUGCAGGCCUGGAUUCUAGUAAAGCUCAGAAAUACUCACCAAGUCACUCGAGCCGGUCAUGGGCAACUCCCCCAGCCACCCCUCCAUACAAGGACCGGACUCCUUACUAUACUCCCCUGAUACAAGUAGAACGGUCAGACUCCCUGGAUCAGAUGAACGGAAGCCUGCCUUCUUUACACCGGAGCUCCUGGUACACAGAUGACCCUGACAUCUCCUAUCGGACAUUCACGCCAGCCAGUCUGACCAUCCCCAGUGACUUCAGGCACAAGCACAGUGACAAGCAGAGAAGUGCUGAUAGCUUGGUAGAAGCUGUCCUGAUCUCAGAAGGCUUAGGUCGCUAUGCCAGAGAUCCCAAAUUUGUGUCUGCUACAAAACAUGAAAUUGCAGAUGCUUGUGACAUGACCAUCGAUGAGAUGGAAAGUGCAGCAAGUAACCUUCUGAAUGGCAACAUGAGCAAUGGGACCAACGGGGACGUGUGUCCCGUUUUAAACAGACGAGACGAUGAAUUUCCUGACUUUGGUCCCGGUUACAGCGAUGAGGAAGCAGACCCUGGAAGAUAUGAAGAGGACUUGGCCGAUGAGAUGAUAUGCAUCACGACCUUAUAGUGUUUAGAGAGAAACUUGCUGCAGUGUAAAUAAUGGGUGGGUGAAGAGGGUCCAGGAAAAGGGGCCUCAGGGUGGUCAGUAGCUAAUCUGACUGGUCCAACUGAAGGCACCUUUCAAGGAAGCCAUAAACUUAUUAGGGAGUCUGCCCUGAUUGGUGCAGCUCGGGAAAGCCUCUGUCACAGAGGCUGGUGUCCCUUGUGGGGAACAGCCCCGCUGAGCCAAAGCCGGUUCAAACCGCCCUUUUGGAGAGGAGGAAGGAGUUAAGUAUUACACCAUGCCUGUCCUUCCAACCUACAUUCCUGUCUUUGAGAAAAGUUUUUGUGAAAAGCAUUUGUCAGUGCCACUGUGUGUCCUCUCACACACACAAUGGGAAAGGAUGAAAGGGGACGGCAACCACAACCGGCCGUGUCAUUUUCUUGUCAUCACUCUAACAUAUCAAGUCACUGUGUCCUGCCCAGAUCCAUUUUAACUCUCCCUCCUUUACUUUUCCCCCAAAAUGUAUCCUAAUUUCUGUUUAACCCUCGUCUAAAAUAGAUCAUGUCAGACUCUACCUAUCAGAGGUACGAAAAGGGAAAAAAGUACCCCCAGUUCUGUUAUGUAACACCAGUUUACAUAGGAAAAUAUCAUUGAGAUAGUCUAUUUUCUGACUGUCACAUUAAGGGCAAAUCUACACUGGAAUAACUGCAUUCUUAAUAAUGCAAUCACAACCAGGUAAACUUAGCAUUCGAUGACAUUGUUUGUCUAAAAAAUAUAGCCUCGAGAUUUCCUGUACAUGACUUGUAACAUACUAUAAUUUGUAUUUGUAAAGAGAUGGUCUAUAUUUUGUAAUUAUUGUACCAUGAUGGAGCUGCAGCAAUAUCCAUGCAUUCGAAUUAUUGUGGUUCUCCACUGAAUCCUUGAGAUGGAAGAAUACUUACCUGUAUUUUUCCUUGGGAUGCAGAGAGCUACAGGAGAGUAUUUAAACCGAGCCACCUCUUCUUGCUUCAAUGUGAAUUUCUUUGGAAAGCAAAAUUUUGAGUUCAAAGAAACUUGACACCAUGAGAUUUUCUAAAAUAUUUUGAGUUGAUACGAAUCUCUCUUUGAAUAAGAUAUGCACAAAUGACUCUUUGCAGUCUUAGAUUUGGGAAAGGUCAAUCUGAUUGGAAACUGUACCCCUUUUAAUCCACAGUGGGUUGUCAUUUCUUAGGUAACCUUCUGAUCAAUGGCAAUUAUUAAAGUUGGUUGAGCCAGUUGUGUCGACCCAGUAGCGUUUAUGGUCCUGGUCCUUUCAGCUGACCACGGAGGCUCUUUUGGCAUAUCUGGUACAGAAAUGAUGAGACAGGCAAAUGCAAUGUCUAGCCUUGUCCCCUAGGGACCAGUUAUGCUGCUUGUAAACAGAAACCAGCGAUGGGAGAGGGUGGGAGCACGUGGAGACCUGGCCAUUGAGCAUGUCCUGGUGGGUAGAACUAGCAUUCUGUCCCCUCUCCCUCUUCUCACUGGUUUGGGAGUUCUCUUGAAAGGGUUUCUAUUUAUGCAAUUGCAUGAGGGCUGAAAUUUGGACUCCAUUGUAGUGGAACUCCAUUGCUGGAUUAUGAGCCAAUUGUGGGUAAACUCGGACUGUCAAAGGCUUCCUUCUCUUCUUCACAAGUGAUGGCAUGCUCGGCCAAGUUACCUUAGCAGUUGUGCCUGCACUCAAAGGGUGGGUAGCAAUUUCAGCUCUUUUUUUUUACAUCCUACACAGAAAACCAGUCAGACAUUUUUGUACAUAAUGACACUUUGUAAUGGAGACCUGACGGACCUCUUCUUGAAUCAUUCUUAUGACAAAUCCAGGCAAAUACCUUAAGGUUUGUAAAAGGACUAUUUCUUGACCUACAUAAUUUUGUAUUAAAAUG